GUUUGUGAGUGUGUGUCUGUGUGCUUGUGUAUAUUUUGUGUUUGUAAUGUAUCCUCCCGUCCUGUAGGUAGCAAGCAGGCAGCCAGCAGACCGUUCUCCAUGAGGAGCAGUAGAAGAUGCCGGCUCUGCCAGCGCUGCUGCUGUCGAUACACUUCUCCUCCUUCCUGCUAGUUACCAUGGCACCACGCUCCGGAAGCCAGGCCGCCCUGCUCUCCUCCGUCCGGAUGGCUGCGAUCCUGGAUGACCAGUCAGUGUGUGGGCGUGGGGAGCGGCUGGCUCUGGCCCUGGCCAGGGAGAACAUCAACAGUGUGAUGGAGGGAGGGGCCAAAGCCCGUGUGGAGGUGGACAUAUUCGAACUGCAGAGGGACUCCCAGUAUGAGACCACUGACACCAUGUGCCAGAUUCUACCUAAAGGAGUGGUGUCUGUGAUAGGCCCUGCCAACAGCCCUGCUUCUGGCUCUACUGUCAGUCAUAUAUGUGGAGAGAAGGAGAUCCCACAUGUAAAGAUAGGUCCAGAGGAGACUCCCAGGUUGCCCUACCUGCGUUUUGCCUCGGUCAGUCUGUACCCUAGCAACGAGGACCUGAGCCUGGCCGUGGCAGCCAUCCUACGAUCCCUCAGCUACCCCUCAGCCAGCCUGGUCUGCGCCAAGGCCGAGUGCCUUCUGCGAUUGGAGGAGCUAGUGCGGCGCUUCCUGAUCUCCAGGGAGACCCUGUCAAUCAGGAUGCUGGAUGACAGCCUGGAUCCCACCCCUCUGCUGAAGGAGAUACGAGACGACAAGGUGGCCACCAUCAUCAUCGACGCCAACGCCUCCAUCUCCUACCUCAUCCUUAAAAAGGCGUCAGAGUUGGGAAUGACAUCAGCGUUUUAUAAGUACAUCCUCACCACCAUGGACUUCCCCCUGCUGAGGCUGGAUGACAUAGUCGAUGACCAGUCCAACAUCAUAGGGUUCUCCAUGUUCAACACCACCCAUCCAUUCUACCUGGAGUUCAUCAGGAGUCUCAACCUGUCCUGGAGGGAGGGCUGUGAUCUCAUCUACCCCGGGCCUGCGUUGUCGUCAGCGUUGAUGUUUGACGCGGUGCACGUUGUGGUGGGGGCGGUGAGGGAGCUCAACAGGAGUCAGGAGAUUGGAGUCAAACCUCUCAGCUGCACCUCUCCUCAGAUCUGGCAACACGGCACCAGCCUCAUGAACUACCUACGCAUGGUGGAGUAUGAUGGUCUGACAGGCCAUGUGGAGUUCAACAGUAAAGGACAGAGAACCAACUACACACUGAGGAUUCUGGAGAAACAGCGCAGGGGUCACAGAGAGAUUGGUAUCUGGUACUCCAACAACACACUGGCUAUGAACGCCACCAGUCUGGACAUCAACGUCUCGGAAACACUGGCCAACAAGACCCUCAUCGUCACCACCAUACUGGAGAGCCCCUAUGUGAUGCGUAAGGGGAACUACCAGGAGUACCAGGGGAAUGACCAGUACGAGGGCUUCUGUGUGGACAUGUUGAGAGAGCUGGCAGACAUCUUGAAGUGCUCCUUCAGGAUUAAACUGGUGGAUGAUGGGCUGUAUGGAGCGCCUGAACCCAACGGGUCCUGGACCGGCAUGGUGGGAGAGCUCAUCAACAGGAAAGCAGACUUGGCAGUAGCAGGCUUCACCAUCACGUCUGAGAGGGAGAAAGUCAUAGACUUCUCCAAGCCCUUCAUGACGCUAGGAAUCAGCAUCUUGUACAGAGUCCACCUGGGGAGGAAACCGGGGUAUUUCUCCUUCCUGGACCCCUUCUCUCCGGCUGUUUGGCUCUUCAUGCUGCUCGCCUACCUGGCUGUCAGCUGUGUGCUCUUCCUGGCUGCAAGGUUGAGUCCCUAUGAGUGGUACAACCCCCACCCGUGCCUGCAGGGGCACAAGGACAUGCUGGAGAACCAGUACACCCUAGGGAACAGCCUGUGGUUCCCUGUUGGAGGCUUCAUGCAGCAGGGCUCUGAGAUCAUGCCCCGUGCCCUGUCCACACGCUGCGUCUCAGGGGUCUGGUGGAUGUUUACUCUGAUCAUCAUCUCCUCCUACACGGCCAACCUGGCAGCCUUCCUGACCGUCCAGAGGAUGGAGGUGCCCAUCGAGUCUCCUGACGACCUCGCCGACCAGACCAACAUCGAGUAUGGCACUAUCCAUGGGGGGAGCACCAUGACUUUCUUCAUGAACUCGCGCUACCAGACAUACCAGCGCAUGUGGAACUACAUGCACUCCAAGCAGCCCAGUGUGUUUGUGAAAAGCACAGAGGAGGGCAUUGCCCGCGUGGUCAACUCUAAAUAUGCCUUCCUCCUGGAGAGCACCAUGAAUGAGUACUACCGCAAACUCAACUGUAACCUCACCCAGAUAGGUGGUCUGCUGGACACCAAGGGCUACGGCAUCGGCAUGCCACUGGGAUCUCCAUUCAGAGAGGAGAUCACUAUGGCCAUCCUGCACCUGCAGGAGAACAACAGGCUGGAGAUCCUGAAGAGGAGGUGGUGGGAGGGAGGACAGUGCCCUAAAGAGGAGGACCACAGAGCCAAGGGUCUGGGCAUGGAGAACAUUGGGGGUAUCUUCGUGGUGUUGAUCUGUGGCCUCAUCAUCGCUGUGUUCGUGGCCAUCAUGGAGUUUGUGUGGUCGACGCGCUGCUCUUCAGAGACAGACGAGGUACGCCCUCACUCCUGCCCUCGCCGACACCACAGACCCACCCCAGUGUCUGUCUGUCAGGAGAUGCUCACCGAGUUCCGAAACGCUGUCUCCUGUAAGAAGAGUUCCCGUUCCCGUCGUCGCCGCCCCCUGGGCAACUCUGUGGCCCUCCGCCACCCCACCCGCAUCGCCCUGGGGGCCCAGCGGCCACUCCGCCUCGUACGGGAGAUGCGCCUCAGCAACGGCAAGCUCUACAGCGGCUCGGGACCCCUGACUGGUGGAGCAGGGGGGCCAGGAGGGGGUGUAGGGGCUGGUGGAGGUCCCUCAGACAUGGGCCCCGGGCCUCAGCGACUCCUGGAGGACCCUCUGGGGGCCAACACCACCCCUCCUCACCCGCCCCAGCCACAGGCCGCCAUGGCGCUCCCUCGCAGCUGCACGCACGUCAGGAUCUGCCACGAGUGCAGGAGGAUCCAGAGCCUGAGGUCAGGGAUGGGGUCCACGAGGAUCCCCCCCUCAUCUGCACCCUUGCCCCGCCUGCCCCCUCCUCCUCCCCCCUCCUCCUCCAACACAGACAGCGAGGGGGGAGGUGGGUCCAGCCCCCGGCGGCUCCCCCACAGCACCCCUGCACCCUGCCUACCUAUACCACCCCCACAGAGCAGCAUCGACACAGACCUUCUGGGGAAGCAGGACUAAGACUGACGAUCUAGGAGGGGCUGGAGGGUAUAUCGGGGCAAGUUAACGGUGACUUAACUGAUGUUUUGAGCUGCUCAGUGACACUAUUCUCUGACCCUCUGUACAUUGGCCUCCAGGAGGGAACUACAGGGAGAGGAGGGAGAAAGAGAGAGAGAGAAUUAGAGGGCUCAAAGACAUUCUGAGACGUGUGAUGAAGCAAUGGAAAGGAUAUAUUUGCACAGAUACCAAAAGACACACCCAUACAGAAGGAGAAAGAUGGAGAGACUUCCUUUGCUCUCCAGUGCGCUGCCCAGCUGUUUCUGAUGUUAGCCCAGUCUGUUCACAGAACCAUGCUCCACUAUGUUCUGGCUUUGUGAUUUACUUGAAGAUGGCUGCUCGGUUCUUAUCUUGACUUACCAGUGGAUCAAUCAGGACUGAGCUACACUGGAAAAAGCAGCCAGGUAACGCACAUCAUUUGAUGCCAGACCUACUGGUUUCUCUGUUGGUCUCUCUCUGUUCUCUCCGCUCUCUAUCUCCAUCUCUCUCUCUCUUUCCCUUUCCAUGGUACCACAGACUCUCAUCUAGAGCGUCCAGCUCUUCCUCUCUGGACGGUGACCACUGGAGGAGGAGUCCACAUCGAUCCUGGAGGACCUUUAAUCUAUGUAACAUACAACAACAGAAGACUUUAAAACUGACUCAGAGAAUUAUAUGAUUUUCCAGAUUUUUUUGUUGUUGUCUUUGUCGUUUGGUUAUCAUUGUUCUAAGUGGAAGUUACAGAAAAAUAAAGACUAUAUAUGUGA